UGUGCUGGGGGAACGGUGUCGCAGCGCAGACAAACAGCGCGGUCACUUAGCGACCUGACCAGGCACCGCUAGCUAGCGGGCCGCGGUGUGUAUAAGAGCAGGCGCGCUCUGCCCGCGCUCUGCAGCACUGAGAUGUGGCGUGCGUGGCUGUGUGCGUGCGUGCUGGCCGGACAGGCGGUCACCCCCAGUUUUGGAAAGCGAUCUGGAGAUAGCAUGCUCGACCCGAAUGCUGUGAACGCCACAAGUGUUCGGCCAGAGAACAUGUAUCCCGUGUAUUACCCGCCGGUGGAGAGAGAGGAGCAGUUACGCCAGAAUAAAGAUAAUGAAUCAGAUGGCUCAUACUCGAGACUUUCUUUGACGGAAGCCCGCGGGGCAGGCACAUCGUACCACAGAGCUCUGUAUUCGCAACCAAGCACCUACGCAGUGCACGCGUAUCCUGCGUACUCGCGCCCGGGUGUCCAGAAGAUGGACAUGCCGGACUCCGAGCCAGCCACCAAGAAGAUAACCUCGUACGAAGCGGACAGGAGCCCCGUGUACAGCAAGCAGCGCUACAGCCAGGCAGAGCCACCGCCGUACCCUCCGCUCGCCGACUCGGAGAGCUCCGAGAUAUCUUCUGUGAAGAUCAGUGACCAGCUCGGCUACAGCGGCCCCUCCGACGCUCAGCCGGACAUGAGCAUGAGCUACUUGCCGGAGCCUCAGGACUACUCGUACUACGGCGUGCCGAGCUCCGAUUCCAGCCACAUGUCGCUGUCCUACCAACACGCGAAGCCAGAGGAAGGCCCGUCGAAGGAACCCACACCCACGAUGAAAGAUGCGUCAGUGGGUAAAAGACCCGUGAAAUUAAGUAGCCUUCAUACAGGCGAAUACUUGAUGCACAAACCACCCGAUGCGAAGAUGCCCGGAAAGGAUUAUGAUUAUUUGCCGUACAAUCCAGACGAGGAAGAGCAGUAUCUGCCGUACAACCCAGAAACCAGCGGUCACUCCCCACACGAAACAACAGAGGCCGAGGAAAUUCCCCCGAGCUACGGUCAUCAUCACUACCAUUCUGCCAAAACGAAGCCUAAAGAUUCUGAUGCAUCAGAUGAUCAUAAAGAUGACAGUGAGGAGGAAUUUGUCUACCCUUACCCGAGUUUUCACGGAAAAGAGCCGAAGCCUGGUGGCGAGAAAAUAAAACCAGACCUCAACAUGUAUUCUUCGUUCGAAGACGACAGCAGCGAUGCUAAACCACCAAAACCCAAAUCCAAGCCCCCUCCUGCUCCACCAGAUAUGUUCUACAGUGGACCUCAUAAGCCUCUGCACAACUAUGAUUCCUAUCUUGAAGACGAGCACAAAAGUCACAAACAUGAAGAGGAAGAAGAUAAUGAAUAUCAUCAUGAGCCCGAAGACCACAACAGCGACUAUAGGCUCAACAAAAAGCCAUACAGUUAUUACUACCUAGGAAGAAAGCUGUGGUACAUCCCAUUAUACUUCAGCGUGUAUUUCAUUGUUUAUGUAACGGCACUCAUACUAAAGUCGAUCGCCAGGCACAAGAUAAAGUACCCGAUCACUCACUGGAGCAGCAGAAGUUUAUCAGGAAGUGAUCAUCUUGAAAACAUUUCUGCUAAUGUGACCCAAGCUAUAAGUUCUAAUGGUAAACUAUUUAUGAGAUGAGUGUACAUGAUAGGCAUAAAAAUCUUUUAUCAAAAAUAUUCAUAAUUCGCAAUUUCUUCAAAUACAAAAUUUUCCGGAUAUAACUUUUCAUCAUCAAUAAAGAAAAUAUAAUACAUGAAA